AUGAAUCUUUCACAAGUCCUCCGGAAACUAUCUUGGGGUUGUCUUCUUCUUCAAGCUUCAAAUGUUGACGUCCAGGCUCGUACCCUCCCUCGGGAUGUCGACUCUAUCAGCCGACAGCGCAUUUCUUUGAACCAAGACUGGAAGUUCUGGCGCUCCGAGUCUAUCCCCGAUGGCCUCGCGUACGAGGACCGCUCAAGCUGGAACGAAGGAGGCGAAACGCUUCUAAAGGACUGGGUUCUGCCCUCAGCCAAUGAAUUCAUUGCGGACGAGAGCAAUCAUUAUAAAAUUCCUGAUGAGCAGCCCAACACAAGUGUACCAUAUAAGGAUGCAUCCUACGAUGAUAAUGAUUGGGAGUCCGUAACGCUCCCACAUGACUGGGCUAUCAAGGGGCCAUUUUACACAGACAAGGAAACCCCCAUUGAUGCAGGAAUGGGUCGUCUUCCUAUCCAGGGCGUGGCCUGGUACCGCCGAAAGUUGGCGGUCGAUUCAUCUGAGAAGAACACCUUUUUUUACAUCGACAUAGAUGGUGCAAUGUCGUACUCAACAGUCUGGGUUAACGGAAAGCUCGUUGGCGGGUGGCCAUAUGGUUAUACCUCAUACAGAACGGACAUCACGUCUCAAAUCAUCGUGGGAGAGGAAAACCAGAUCGCGAUCCGAGUUGAAAAUCCUCCAUCAUCAUCACGAUGGUAUUCCGGCGGCGGUAUAUAUCGCAACGUCUGGUUGACUAAAACCAAGUCUAUCCAUGUAGCUCAUUGGGGGACCCAAAUAACGACCGACGUGUCAGAUGACCAGCAAUCUGCAACUCUCAAUCUGACCGUACAAGUGGAAAACAAGGAUACCCGGGAGAGAAAGAUCGAUGUCAUUACCGAUGUCUACGAGUUUGAUGCAGGCUCUGAAAAACGAGGAAAGCCUGUAGCCUCUUUCAAGAAGGCAACUGUUAAGGUUCAACCAAAUUCCCAGGAAUCAAUUACAGGCCAGACUGAGGUCCUUCAGCCGCAGCUAUGGGGGCCACCGCCGACGCAGACUCCUCAUUUGUACCUCGCCGUGACAAGACUGGUAGAGUCCGGGAGAGAAAUUGAUUCCUACGAAACAGAAUUUGGGAUUCGCACCGUUAUUGGAAAUGGAGAGGGUCUUCUUGUCAAUGGCGAGAGACUUCAUCUUCGGGGUGUAGAUCAGCACCAUGAUCUAGGGGCUCUGGGAGCAGCUUUCAAUUUACGGGCUGCAGAACGCCAAUUGGAAAUUCUUCGUGAUUUUGGCACAAAUGCCGUGAGGAUGUCUCACAACCCUCCCGCACCAGAGCUGUUGCAGCUUACUGACAGGUUGGGCUUCCUGGUCAUCGACGAGAUAUUCGAUGUGUGGCUCCGUUCAAAGAAAAGCCUCGAUUACCACCUUCUCUUCAAUGACUGGCAUGGGGCUGACCUCCGUGCCCUUCUUCGCAGAGAUCGAAACCACCCAUCUGUGAUCAUUUGGAGCGUCGGAAACGAAGUUGGGGAACAGACCCACGACGACGAAGCAACACCCAUUCUCACCGGGCUGGGUGAAAUUGUUCGAGAAGAAGACGCGACUAGACCAUUUACCAUAGCCAAGAACAGCGCUAAGCCAUAUCAUGCCGUCUCAAGUCUUGUUGACGUUAUCGCGCUGAACUAUCAGGGAGAGGGCAGAUACGACACGCCUGCAUAUGCCCAUCUCGGUUCUCCGAUCUACCCGCAACACCCUGAGUUCCACAAAGCGUUCCCUGAAAAGCUGCUCCUCAGUGCUGAGUCUGCCUCCGCCAUCAGCUCAAGAGAUUCCUACUUGUUUCCCAUAGUAAACGUCUCUAGUUCUCCCGUCACCGAUGGUGUCGGAGGAAAUUCAUCUACUUUGGAAGUAAAUGCGUAUGAGCUAUACUCAGUUGACUGGGGCUCAUCCGCUGACAAGGUCUUCGCCGUCCUAGACAAAUAUGACUACGUCGCGGGAGAAUUCGUCUGGACAGGGUUUGACUAUAUUGGAGAACCUACGCCCUACGAUUCAAAGCCCAACGGGGAUACGGGAGCUCGCAGUUCAUACUUUGGUAUUGUGGAUCUCGCCGGGUUCAAGAAGGACCGUUUCUAUAUAUACCAGGCCCACUGGCGACCAGACCAUGCUAUGGCUCAUAUCCUCCCACACUGGAACUGGCCGGAUCGCGAGGGCUUGGUUACCCCCGUCCAUGUCUUCACCUCUGGUGACGAAGCUGAGUUGUUCUUGAAUGAUGAGUCCCUGGGCCGGAAAAAGAAGGGCGAGUAUGAGUACCGUAUUCGAUGGGACGACGUUGUCUACACACCCGGGGAGCUGAGGGUUGUCGCCUACAAAAACGGAGAAGAGUGGGCUACAGAUACCGUACGAACGACAGGAGAAGCAACGAGUCUGAGACUAAGUGCUGACAGAAGCUCGUUUUCCGCUGAUGGAAAGGACCUUUCGUUUGUGACUGUCGAAGUGGUGGAUGAGAACGGGGAUGUGGUCCGUGAUGCCGAUGUCACUGUUGAGUUUGGAAUCUCAGGGUCUGGGGAAAUUUUGGCAACCGAUAAUGGAUGGCAAUCAGACUAUGUCGCUUUUCCUUCUAAGGAACGAAAGGUGGUUGGUGGACUGGCACUGGCAAUUAUCGGCGGCACUGCAGGCUCCCCGGGGGGCAUUGAGGUGACAGCCACUGCCGAUGGGUUGUCAGAAGCGAAACUACAAUUGAGUACUCAGUAG